CUUCUCUACCUGCAUGAAAGAUGUUGAUAUAUGUAAUUAUCUUCAUGUACCUAGUAAAUGGUCCUAAGGCGCGGAUGAGGCGCGGUGCUUAUUAUCAUCAGACGAGACAAGAAGCUACCGCCGGAAUGAAGGAGUACAACUUCAGCUCGAACUUCCGCCGUAUUUCAGGGGUUGGGUUGGUUUUCCAUCGACUAUCUUCCACCCCUCCAUCGUGAUCUCACUGUGUACCAACCAAAAAUCCGAUACAGACAAUCGCAAUGGAUGGCAAAGAGGGAACGAUCGUGGCCUUGAGCCCCCUGGAUAACAGGAUGAUUCCAUGCUGGGUCAAAAUGUUAUUUUAUUUUAGCAUGCCUGCGGAGGCUAAGGUGCCCGAGACGUACGAUAUCCUGCGUAAAGGUCUCAACAUGGCUGUCGCGGACAUGCCCAUCUGUGGAGGCAUCACGCGACCGCGACCUCAGGACCGACCCGGGUGGAAACCGAACCAGAUCGAGGUUUACAUUCCCAAAGACGUCGGUCAGGACGGCACGUACCCUCUCGACUUCAAAGACUUGACUAGCGAGAUAUCUUAUGAAGAGCUACGAAAAGAUGGUUUUCCAAUGGAAGCAAUCGAUACCAAAGUUCUCAUGACAAAAUCUCUCAAUGUUGACGAGGCUGCUGGUAUCCAGACCACGGCGGCACAAGCCAAUUUCGUCAAAGGCGGCUGCCUCCUUGGGCUAGCCAUGUGGCACCAUACCGUCGACCCAUAUGGUACGUACAUCUUUGCUCGAAACUGGGCAUCGCAUUGUAGAAAGCUGCAAACCGAGCAAGGAUGGGAAGAGAAAUGGAAGCAAGGGCUCGCCGCAGAGAAGACUUCUCCUCAAGACGACAGAAUGGCUCUGGAGAGACUUUGGCGUGAAGAGGGAGGCUCCGAGACGAGUGUAGCUUCUGACAGGCAUUGGGAUGUCGUGGGACUUUACCCUCCGAGCGCGAAAGAUGCACCGAAGCUCGACGAGGUUAUGGCCCGGGCCUAUGCGAACAUCGAUCCGACAAAGAAGGUAGCAUGUCGCAUGUUCUCCGUGCCGGGUACAUCUUUUCAGCAGCUGAAGCGUGACGCCAUCGCGGGAUCCGGUGACGCAGAUAUCACUGCCGACGACGCUAUUCACGCACUCUUGUGGCGUUGUAUUAUGCGUGUACGUUAUCCAGAGCCGGGAGACGAGCUGUCAGAAUACCAGAUCGCUUUCAAUGGACGUCACAAGCUCGCCCAAGGCGGUUUAGACUCCUUCCUUGGUGACGUCUCUUACUUUGCCACGGCAGCGUUACCUCUGGCUGAGGUUACGGCGCCGUCGACUUCGGUCGGUCAGUUAGCGCAGAUGCUACACAAAGCCAUGGAUUCUGUCUCACGGGAGGAUCUUCUCGCGGGCUACGGAGUAGUGCACAAUCUCCCUAGCUAUGUGAACUUGCAGUAUAACUUGGCCGGCAUUGCCGGGCCUACCAUGGUGAUGGUCAACCAUCGGCACGUCCCGCUAGCGGAACUGGAUUUUGGGCCGGCGCUGGGCAGCCCCGACUGCGAACGCCCGCCAGGCGAAGAGUGGAACGACCUUUUCCGCCGUAUUAUCCAAUUGCCCAACGCCUCGGGUGACGGUCUCGAGGUCUUGGUAACGCUCUUCGAUGACGAGAUGAAGAGACUGCAAGAAGAUCAGGAGUUCAUGAAAUACGCUAAGCUCUGCUCUUAUUAGUCUGAUAACGCGUAUAUACCAUGUCUGAAUAGAUAACCCUAACCCUGACAUUGACCCUAACCCUAACCCUGAGCGUCGCACAAGGACAUAACAAUAAAAUGCUGCAGCUACUAAGUGCGUAUAGUAGGAAAUCUGCCUGGCCUCUACUAGGUAUUAUGUACAAUGCAAACCGUCUAUAUAGCUAGUGACUUUUUGCUCUAUGUCAUUAGGUAUCCUUCAUAUCUAG